CAUACAUAUGUUAAAUAUUUGUAUUUGUAAAAUCUUCAAAUCUAAUAAUUCAUUUUGAAAUACUUACAUCAUAUAAUUCAUUUUGAAACAUUCAAAACGAUUUGUAAAAUCUUUAUCCCGCGCAAGUUGCUUCUCAUGUAAGAAAUAUAAAUAAUAGCUUUCAUCUUCUAAAUUUCUCAAAAGUGGAAUUACUCUCCAACAAGAUUUCGAGAGAUGAAGUGAACCCUGGAGAUCACAUCUAUUCAUGGCGUGCUGCCUACAUCUACGCCCACCACGGAAUAUAUGUUGACGAUGGACAAGUCAUAGAGUUCACUCAUACUCCUAGAGAUGGGACCUCUCUCCCCAAGAUCAGUAUAUCAACAAAGCUUCCGUGUCUAAUUUGCAGAGACCGUUCGAGAUCCGGUGGUGUGACUUCCUCUUGCCUUGAUUGCUUUCUGGCCGGAGGAAAUCUAUACCGCUAUAAAUACAAUGUCUCUGGGGCUGCCUUGCUUUUCAAAGUUAGAGGUGGUACUUGCACAUUAGCAGCUUCGGAUCCUCUUGAAGAUGUUCUUUUCCGUGCAAACUUCCUCUUAUCGGAAAACGGGUUUGGUGAUUAUCACCUCUUCGAGAACAACUGUGAAACUUUUUCAAUCUAUUGUAAAACGGGCUUGGUGUCGUGCAAAAAAAAUAGGUUGGGGAUAAGUAGUGGUCAAGCCACUUCGUUUGCUGCAGCUGCUCUCGUUAUUGCCUUACCUGGGUCCGGAUUUGGUGCGUACAAUGUUGCUCGUCUGAUUGGUGACGUAGGCAUGCCAUGGCGCAGAAAGAGCGGCAAUGAUGUUAUCAAGGUUCGUGUUGAAAAGCUCGUUGCUAUGAGGAAGCCUGUUUUGAGCAUUGCCGGUUGUGACUCGUGACUAUAUAUAUCGUUGAGGAUUCCUAUAUUUAUUUUUGCUUUUGUUGAAUUUCCAAAAUUGCUAUAGUUGUUUUUUUGUUUUUUGUUGAUUCGUGCUUUUGUUGAAUUCUAAAAUUGCUAUAUUUAUUUUUGUUUUUGUUGAUUCGUGCUUCUGUUGAAAUUAAAAAAUGCUAUAUAAAUUUUUUGUUUUUAAGAAUCGAUCAUAAGUA